CUCUCUCUCUCUCUCUCUCUCUCUCUCUCUGUUCCUAAUUUUGUUUUUGGUUUGUACCCCUGUAAUUUGCAUUAUACAGUUUCAACUGGUUCUAAUGACGAUUCCGGUGAUCGACUUUUCCAAACUCGAUGGAGAGGAGAGGGCUAAAACAAUGGCUCAGAUAGCUGAUGGAUGUGAAGAAUGGGGAUUUUUCCAGUUGGUGAACCAUGGAGUUCCGGUGGAGCUCCUGGAGAGGGUGAAGAGGAUCUGCUCCGAGUGCUACAAGCUGGAAAGGGAAGAAGGGUUUAAUAGCUCAACGCCUGUGAAGUUGUUAAACGACUUGGUGCAGGUCCAGAGCAGCGAGAAGCUGGAAAAUGUGGACUGGGAGGAUGUAUUCACUCUUACUGAUGAAGAUAGUGAAUGGCCGUGCAAACACCCAGAGUUCAAGGAAACAAUGACAGAAUAUCGACAUGAAUUGAAGAAAUUGGCUGAGAAGGUGAUGGAGGUAAUGGAUGAGAAUCUAGGCUUACCCAGAGGAUACAUUAAGAAGACAUUCAAUGGUGGAGAGGGACUGGAGAACCAGGCGUUAUUUGGCACCAAAGUAAGCCACUAUCCACCUUGUCCUCAUCCAGAGAUGGUAAACGGUCUUCGAGCCCACACAGAUGCUGGGGGUGUCGUCCUACUCUUCCAGGAUGACAAGGUGAAAGGCCUGCAAAUCUUGAAGAAUGGAGAAUGGAUUGAUGUUCAGCCACUGCCCAACUCCAUAGUCAUCAACACAGGAGAUCAGAUCGAGGUUCUAAGUAAUGGUCGAUACAAGAGUGUCUGGCACCGUGUGCAGGCAACCCCAGAUAGCAACCGAAGAUCGAUAGCCACCUUCUACAACCCAUCUCUGAAGGCCACAAUAGCUCCUGCACCAGAACUAAUGGACCCAGUGAUCAAGGAGGCUGAAAAAGCUUACCCAAAGUUUGUGUUUGGUGACUACAUGUCUAUUUAUGCCAAGCAGAAGUUUCUCCCCAAAGAUCCCAGAUUCCAAGCUGUAGGAGCCAUGUAAGACAUGGAUGAGUUUGCAGAAAUCCUUUUUUACAAUAACGACUCACGGUGCUGUACUGCUGUAGCUAGGUAGUGAUCUACAUAAAACUCUGGUCCAAAAUUUCCAAAGGCUUCCCAAGUCUAGAGUAGUAGAGUGUGUGCAUCAGAUGUACUUUCAAUGAAGCUUUUUUGUAUAUUAUUUACAAUAAAUGAAAUGCACUAAUUUUCCAUUGAUAUAAGCUGAAUUCCUGGUCACAGAUAAACCGGGGUUA